CCGAGGCGAGAGGCAGAGCACGCGCACCGACACGGUGACGCCAAACUUCAUUUAUAUUAUAGCGAAGUGAAAGUUUACCUGAAGAUCUGCAGAGCUGCAGACCUGAUUUAACACUUCUGAAUGUACCUCCGGAGUUUGAUCGGAUCAGCUUUCGAUUCGGCGUUAAAUCAAGAACCUUAAAUCCACCUUAAAAUAAGUUUUAGCAGUAUUGUCUCAGGCAGGCAGCAGUGUUAGCAAAUAAAUAACGACUGUUUGAAUUUAAUUUAAAUGUUCUGCUUUGCUCGGGCCACUGUUGCCAUUUAACAGUACAUUACUACAGUGAAGUAAUAAGCUAAGUUUUAAGAAUAGUCUCACUUUAUGUUUAGAGUUAAAAUCAUCCCCACUUUAAAUUGGUUGUUUUCUGAAUGAACUUCCGUGUGACGCUGUCCCGGUGUCAGAGAACGGAAUGUGUUGUCGGGACAUGGCAGAGUCCUCGUGUCGUGAACAGGAGACUCACACAGGACAGGGGGAGGAGGAGGACACGGUGUCCACAGGCUGCUACUACUCAGAGUUUCAAACACGCUGAUGAGAAGUGAAGCAGAUGUGAAACAUCACCGAGGACAGCAAACAUGGAUUUAUUCAAACUGCAGAAGGUGGAGGAUUUCUAUGAAAUUGGUGAAGAGCUGGGAAGUGGGCAGUUUGCCAUCGUGAAACAAUGCAGAGAGAAAAGCACCGGUCUGGAAUUUGCUGCCAAGUUCAUCAAGAAGCGUCAGAGCAUGGCGAGCUCUCGAGGAGUGCGGCGGGAGGAGAUAGAGCGGGAGGUGGACAUCCUGCAGAAGAUCGAGCACCCCAACAUCGUCACGCUGCACGACGUCUACGAGAACCGGACGGACGUGGUGCUGAUCCUGGAGCUGGUCUCUGGAGGGGAGCUGUUUGACUUCCUGGCACAGAAGGAGUCUCUGAGUGAGGAGGAGGCCACUCAGUUCAUCAAGCAAAUCCUGGAGGGAGUCAACUAUCUCCAUGCCAGGAAGAUCGCCCACUUUGACCUCAAGCCUGAAAACAUCAUGCUGCUGGACAAGAACGUGCCGUUACCGAGAAUCAAACUCAUUGAUUUCGGUCUUGCCCAUAAAAUUGAAGCUGGUGUUGAGUUCAAAAACAUCUUUGGAACACCGGAGUUUGUAGCACCAGAGAUCGUCAACUACGAGCCGCUGGGAUUAGAAGCAGACAUGUGGAGCAUCGGGGUCAUCACCUACAUCCUGCUGAGCGGUGCUUCACCUUUCCUGGGGGAGACCAAACAGGACACGCUGGCAAACAUCUCAGCUGUGAACUAUGAGUUUGACGAGGAGUUUUUCGGUCACACCAGCGAGCUGGCCAAGAAGUUCAUCAGCCAGCUGUUGGAGAAGGAUAAGAUGAAGAGAUUAACAAUUCAAGAUGCUCUCAAUCAUCCGUGGAUCAAGUCAAAUGAGCACAAGGAGGAAAACAAAGCCAAGGAGCUGAAGAAACGGGAGCGACGCCAGCUGAAGACCAAGCGCCUGAGGGAGUACACCAUCAAGUCCCACUCCAGCAUGCCACCCAACAACACCUAUGUAAACUUUGAGCGCUUUGCCCAGGUGGUGGAGGACAUUGACCAGAUGGAGAGCUCGUUCGUCAACCUGGCAGUGGCCCAUGACUCCCUGCAGGAGGACAUCGAUGCCAUGGUUUCUAUAUACAAUGAGAAGGAGGCCUGGUACAAGGAGGAGAGUGAAGACGUGCGCCACGAGCUCUCCCAAAUCCGCUACGAGUUCCGUAAGGUGGAGGCCUUCAAGAGGAGCCUGCAGGACGACAUGCAGGCGUUCAGCUGCAGCCUUGGCGCCGUCAGCAGCCGCUACCAGGAGAGACAGAGCCACUUCGAUGCUCUGCGGCAGGAGCUCAGCAACGAGCUGAAAUGGGUGCAGGAGGUGAUGGGGUCAUUUCCCAUGGACGGAGGCGGUGGAGGGUUCGCCAACUGCAACUUCUCCACCGUCUUCAACAACGACGUGAAUGAAGCCCUGAAGGAGCUGCUGAACCGCUCCUGUGGAGGAGAGCUGCUGUCCGGGAUCAACCUGGACUUUGAGACCGGACAGCAAAGAUAAAUGUUCAGUACCUCACAGUUAUUAUGAAACCACAGGAGGCUGUAAUGUAGCAGUGUGUUGGUAAAGACACGUAACGGCUUUUCAUCUGUGUAUUUUCUCUAUAACUUAUUAUAAACUGUAUAAAAACAUGUAUUGGUACUAUGGGUGUUUGUUAAAGGGACAGUUCACCCCCAAAUCAAAAUACAUAUCUUUCCCUUGACCUGUAGUGUUGUCUAUCAGUCUAGAUAGUUUUGGUGUGAGUUGUCGAGUGUUGGAGAUAUCGCCCAUAGAGAUGUCUGCCUUACCUCCAGUAUAAUGGAACUAGAUGGCACUCAGCUUGUGGAGCUCAAAGUGCCAAAAAAUACAUUUGAAAAGCUCAACACCAAUGUGUCUUUCAAGAAAUCAUCGGUUACUCAAGAUAUUCCACAGACCUUGUUGUGAGCAGUUUCAUGUAGGAACUAAUUUCUUGCAACUGAACUACACCUGCUAACUGUAUCACUGCGCAGAAGGAAACGUGCAUCUACUCAUGGAUGAGAGACUUGUGCAUGUGACAGCGCGAGAUGUAAACAUUAAUGGCGUCCUCCUCAGCUGAGCUGUAACGUGAGCUAGCUCGGUCAGUAUGUUCACAUGACAUUAGAGAAAAUUGGUGUAUUGUGUCGGUCCGACUGAAACCAGACUUUUAAAAUCCAUGUAAACAUGUUAGUCCGACUGAAACGUGCUAAAUUUGUCACAGUGGGACUAACAGACCCAGAUCAUGUGACUCCUGCAUGUAUACAGUCAAUCAGACCCAAACUGGCCGAGGCGCUCUGAGCAUGCUCCACAGUUUCCGCCCCGGGCUUUGACCCGGAAGUCCAAUAGCAUUAAAUGUGUAAGAGAAGAA